AUGAGGGGACUUAGGGCUGUCGGUUGGCAGGCAGGCCGUCUGGCGUCAAGCCACAUGAAGCCCGGUUGGGUGAUGGGAUGCAUUGCCGCUCCUUUUGCCUCGGCGGUCCAUGGUCAACGCUCGUUCACCAGCACUCCCCGACGAUCCGCAACAAACGCUGCGCAGGAAACGUUGAAAAAAGCCCAGGAUGAUGCCUCAAGUCUGACGCCGGAAUAUGUUGCUGCCAACAUAGCCCCCGAGGAAAAGGAGCGUCUGUCCCGAGUGCGCAACAUAGGCAUUGCGGCGCACAUCGAUAGCGGUAAAACGACAGUAACGGAACGAGUUCUCUUCUACACCGGCCGCAUUAAGGCGAUCCACGAAGUUCGAGGCAAGGACUCCGUCGGUGCCAAGAUGGACUCCAUGGAUCUCGAGCGAGAAAAGGGUAUUACGAUUCAGUCUGCUGCCACGUUCUGCGAUUGGCAGAAAACGGAAAACGGAAAGGAAGAAACCUACCACGUCAAUCUCAUCGACACACCCGGUCACAUUGAUUUUACCAUAGAGGUCGAGCGAGCCCUACGUGUUCUAGAUGGUGCUGUCAUGAUUCUUUGCGCUGUCAGCGGUGUCCAGUCCCAGACUAUCACCGUUGACCGUCAGAUGAAGCGCUACGAUGUUCCCAGGAUUUCUUUCAUCAACAAGAUGGACCGUAUGGGUGCCAACCCUUGGAAGGCUGUCGACCAGAUAAACACCAAGCUUAAGAUCCCUGCUGCUGCUCUCCAGAUCCCCAUUGGCACUGAAGACGAGUUCGGAGGUGUUGUUGACCUGAUUGGUAUGAAGGCCAUGUACUUUGAGGGUCCUCGCGGUAUCAAGGUCCGCGUUACGGACCAGAUCCCAGGCCACCUCCAGGCCGAAGCCCAGGAGCGCCGACAGAUUCUCAUUGAGAAGCUUGCCGAUGUCGACGACGAGAUUGCCGAGAUCUUCUUGGAGGAGCAGGAGCCUACGAACGAGCAAAUUAAGGCUGCCAUCCGCCGCGCUACCAUUGCCCGGAAGUUCUCCCCUGUUCUCAUGGGCUCCGCCCUUGCCGAUAAGGGUGUCCAGCCCAUGCUCGACGCUGUCUGCGACUACCUGCCUGACCCCUCUGAAACCUCCAACCAAGCCCUGGACAAGUCCAAGGGCGAAAAAACGGUCAAGCUUGUUCCGUACAACUCGCUGCCAUUUGUCGGCCUCGCUUUCAAGCUUGAGGAGAACAACUACGGCCAGCUUACCUACAUGCGCGUCUACCAGGGAACUUUGAACAAGGGCAGCUACCUGUUCAACUCGCGUACCGACAAGAAGGUCCGUAUCCCCCGCAUUGUGCGCAUGCACUCGAGCGAGAUGGAGGAUGUUACCGAGAUUGGUGCUGGUGAGAUCUGCGCUGUUUUCGGUGUUGACUGUGCCUCUGGUGAUACCUUUACCGACGGUGGACUUCCUUACACCAUGUCGUCCAUGUACGUUCCCGACGCCGUCAUGUCUCUGUCUAUCAAGCCUAAGCGCAGCGCCGAUGCGGACAACUUCAGCAAGGCUAUGAACCGUUUCCAGCGUGAGGAUCCCACUUUCCGGGUCCACGUUGAUGCUGAAAGCGAGGAGACUAUCAUCUCUGGAAUGGGCGAGCUCCACCUCGAGGUUUACAUCGAGCGUCUGCGCCGAGAGUACAAGACAGAGUGCAUCACUGGGCAGCCUCGUGUGGCCUACAGGGAAACCAUCUCGCACCGCGCCGAGUUUGACUACCUCCUGAAGCGCCAAAGCGGCGGCCCCGGCGACUUUGCUCGCGUUUCUGGUUUUGUUGAGCCCAAUGACGAUGCCAACACCAACCACUACGAAAGUCAAGUCGUGGGUGGCAACAUCCCCGACAAGUUCCUCUCUGCCUGCGCCAAGGGUUUCGACGUGGCCUGCGACAAAGGCCCGCUUCUGGGCCACAAGGUCAUUGGUUCCAAGAUGGUUAUCAACGAUGGUGCUACCCACGUGACAGACUCGUCUGACUACGCCUUUAACCUAGCUACCCAAAUGGCCUUCCGCAAGGCCUUUACCGAUGCCGGUGGCCAGGUCCUAGAGCCCCUAAUGAAGACUGCCAUCACUGCCCCCAAUGAGUUUCAAGGAAACAUUCUUAUGCUUAUGAACAAGCGCAACGCUACCAUCCACGACACUGAUAUUGGCCCCGAGGACUUCACCCUGACCUGCGACUGCAGCCUCAAUGCCAUGUUCGGCUUCAGCUCUCAGCUACGCGCUGCUACGCAGGGCAAGGGAGAGUUCAGCAUGGAGUUUAGCCACUACGCCCCUGCUCCCCCGCACUUGCAAAAAGAGCUCAUAGCCAAGUACGAAGCCGAGCUUGACGCCAAACGAACCAAAUAA